GCCAGUUGCAAUUACCCUAGUGUCACUCAAAUGUCAACAAGAGAUUGUAAAGAAAAACAAAGAUCAUCGCACUUUAUUCGUCAAAACAGAUUAAAAAUCGCAAUUUAAUUCAAGUUUGUGCAUCAUGGGUGCGGUUCUAGGUCUGUGCUCGGCUGCUCAGUUGGCCUGUUGUUGCGGGAGCACUGCUUGCUCUUUGUGCUGUUCAGCAUGCCCUUCAUGUCGCAAUUCAACUUCUUCUAGGAUCAUGUACGCUUUAAUGCUACUCCUGGGAACUAUAACCGCCUGUGUCAUGCUGGCCCCUGGUCUGCAGGACGCCCUGCGAAAGGUCCCGUUUUGUUCAAACAGCACGAACAAUUACCUUCCGACUUCCGUCUCAAUUAAUUGCGACCAGGCCGUUGGAUAUCUCGCAGUUUAUCGAAUUUGUUUCAUUCUGACUUGUUUCUUUGUCUUGAUGGCGCUAAUGAUGAUUGGUGUCAAGUCGUCACGUGAUCCAAGAAGUGGCAUCCAGAACGGUUUUUGGGGGUUGAAAUAUUUAGUUGUGAUUGGUGGGAUAAUCGGGGCAUUUUUCAUCCCCGAAGGAUCGUUUGGUGACACUUGGAUGUAUUUCGGGAUGAUUGGUGGUUUUCUAUUUAUUGUGAUUCAAUUAAUUUUGAUUGUUGAUUUUGCGCACUCUUGGGCCGAGUCAUGGGUUGGUAAUUACGAGGAGACCGAAUCGAAGGGGUGGUAUUUUGCCCUUCUUGCGAUAACUUUCCUGAAUUACGCCUUGACCAUCACUGGAGUUGUUCUCCUGUUUGUAUUUUUCACAAAAUCUGAUGGUUGCGACCUGAACAAAUUCUUUAUUUCCAUCAACUUGAUUUUAUCAGUUGUCAUAAGUGUGGUAUCGAUUUUACCGGCCGUUCAAGAGAAAUUGCCAAGGUCGGGUCUUCUCCAAUCGUCAGUUGUUUCUUUAUAUGUGACAUAUCUUACAUGGUCGGCAGUUUCAAAUUCACCAGAAUCCAGUUGCAAUCCCGGUCUUUUGGGCAUUGUGGGUGCCGGCACCCCAAAAAAAGACAAUGAGAUGACUUUCGAUGGCGAGGGAAUCGUCGGGUUAGUCGUCUGGAUGUGUUGCGUCUUAUAUUCGUCGUUGCGUUCGGCCAGUCAAUCAUCAAAAAUAACAAUGUCAGAGAAGAUGCUAGUCAAAGAUAACGGCGCCGUUAGGGGCAGCGGCUCGGACAACCUCGUUGAAAACGAAGGCUAUAUCCCUAUCGCAGGUAGAGAUGACGGAGACGGGGGUGAAAAAGGUGAGAAGAAGGUAUGGGAUAAUGAGGAAGAGACGGUUGCUUAUUCUUGGAGUUUCUUCCAUAUUAUGUUUGCUUUGGCUACACUGUAUGUCAUGAUGACUCUUACUAAUUGGUACAAACCAAACUCAAGUCUGAGUAAAGCCAAUUCCGCUUCAAUGUGGAUAAAAGUAAUUUCAAGCUGGUUGUGUAUGAUUUUAUACGGAUGGUCUCUGAUAGCUCCCAUCGCUUUACCAGAUCGCGAAUUUAAUUAAAUCUUGUCUGUAUUUUUUUCUUGUGAUAUUAAGCGAGUUUGAUUGUAAUAAUUAAUAAUACAUAAACAUUUAUCUAGUGUUGA